CAUGGUUGCAUGUGGACUCUUAGCGAGUUGACUGCUUUGUAUUUGCUGUACAGAAGAGUGCAGAAAGUAAAUCUAUGUUUAAUAUUGGCGUAUUUCAAUAUUCAUAGUAGUAGUAAUUCUUGAAUUUCGCCCUGCGUGUAUGUUUAUGCUUUUUUUAAUCUCAGAAACUGUAAUGACAUUGGAGAGUUAGUAGUCUAUAGAGAUAUCUUUAGAUACAGACGCUAUAGAACUGAAAGUCAUGUUGAUCAUUGAGUAGAUGUUGGUUGGAUUUGCACUCACGUGUGAGUUUUGAAACAUUCCCAACUCCCUGUUGCACCUAAGAUUUGGGGAUGUUGCGACGUCCCAAGCCCACCGACUCGGAGUUGGACUUGCUCCAGGAGCAGAAGUGCUUUUUAACCUCUGGGAAAACACCUGCGGCCAGUGUGAGCCGGAGAGUUGAUAAGCGCAGAGGGGACAGUGCUUCUGCAAGCAAUGAUAAGUCUUGUGCAAAUCCAAGAGAUGUUGUGACGAUAGCAGAUCUUCCUGAUGAGAUGCCCAUAUUGACGCCUGCACCACCCAAAAAGUCAUGUUCUAAAAAAGAGAGUGUGAGUUUUGAAGAUCCAGAGGAGCUGUUGGACAGACAUGACACUCACAUCAGUGCUGUCCUUUCAAGGAUUGUUGAAAGAGACACUAGUGCUGUACCAGUGUUACUCCCAGCCUUCACAAGUACGGCUUUUCCCAAAGUCCUGCAUCACUCUACAGCAAUUAAACAGGCUACAGCACCUGGUGGACGGAAGAGCAUUUUUGCAUGUCACAUUGCUGCACAGAAGGCUAAAGCAGGAUGUGGAGAGAAGAAUGAGUCAAAGGUCAGCAACAAACAGGUCUCUGAAAGAAGACCUGCCCAAGGCACUACUGAUGGACCCUUACUGGUGUCCGGUCAGGGCCUUGGUCCAGACAAAACAAUGGAAACAAAAAAGAUCCACCAGGAGAACCAAGCCCGGCUGCAAGGAAUGUCUCCGAGUGAAAUUCUCGAGGAGCAGAAAUUGUUGUUGGCCCAGCUAGAUCCUAGACUGGUGGAUUUUGUAAGGUCACGGAAAGCCCAGAAUGCCUCGUCUUCUACCGAGAAAUCGGUCUCUCCUGACCAGCCUUUCGCUGAGAGCAAAGUACCAGCACCUCACUGUUUUCUACCGGAUUCUGAAGAGACUACAAUGGAUACAGAUAAAGAGGAUGAAACUGAACCUACUAAUCCUCCACUCACUGUGGAACAGCUUCUAAUCAAACCUGAGAAAGAAUGGCUACACAUGGACAAACUGGAACCAGAGAAGCUGGAAUGGAUGAGGGAUUUGCCUGCACCUAGGAAGCGGGGCACCAAAAAGGCCAUGCAGGCACGAUUCGACUUUUCUGGCACCCUUCUGCCCCCCACGGAAGAUUUGCCCACUCAUCUUGGUCUGCAUCAUCAUGGGGAGGAGGCAGAGUUGGCAGGCUAUUCCCUGCAGGAGCUUUUUCUCCUCUCGCGCAGUCAGCUGACGCAGCAGCGGAGCCUGGCUCUGAACACUUUGGCCCACAUCCUGUUAAAGGCCCGUACUGGCGAGUACUCCUCAUGUGUAAAGGGCAAUGUACUGGCCUCCUUGCUUGAUGCCGGAAUCCUCUUUCUGUUACGGUAUUCUCUGGACGACAGCGUGGAGGGUGUAAUGUCUGCGGCUGUGCGAGCCUUGCGAGCGUUGCUUGUUUCCACUGGAGAUGAGGAGAAUCUGGACAACAUGUUCACCUGGCUGUUAGGGAUGGCAGCUUUUCCCUUGGUUCCCCAGAUUCACGAGGAGGAAGAGGAGGAAGAUGAUGAAGGUCUGAAUGAGUCUAUGAAGGAAACAGAGCAGGAAAAAGAAGCGAGAAAAUUAGAUCAUGAUGUUGCGCAACAGGAUGUUAUCAAGGGUUUGUUGAAGAUGCAGCUUCUGCAGAGGCUACGGUAUAUCCUUGAGGUGCUACGACCCUCUCCCCAGACAGUUGUUGAUAUCCUUGAGGUCCUGAUCCGAAUUGCUCGCCACUCAACCUCAGCAGCCACACAGAUCCUUGAUUGCCCCAGGCUGAUGCAUACUAUAAUGUCAGAUUUCCUGCCUUGCUCAUGGAUCCCACCGACCUCACCAACCUCACCAGCUUCUUUAUAUGGCUUGCCCGUUUCCACGGCAAUGAAGCUCCUACGUGUUUUGGCAAGCGCUGGCAGGCACGCUUGUGCGAGAAUACUCAAUAGUCUAGGUGGAAAGGAACGUUUGUCUCGGUUCUUGUCAGUGGAACCUUCUGAACUUCUGUUGGAGUCUGGGGAAAAUAUAUGCUGUAGCAUGGAGGCACUAAGGCUCUGGGCUGUGGCUGCAAGCUACGGGCAGGCCUGUAACCUGUACAUAGACCUGUACCCAGUGCUUGUGAAGGCAUUGCAGGCCGCACAUAAGCCCUGUGCUCCUUCUGUGUCUUUGCUGGACCUGGAGCUCCAAAGAUUGAAGUCCCUGCUAUUGUUGCUCAUUCAAGUCACACACACUGCCGGCUGCCACCAGGAGUUACAAAGUGCCCUGCUGAGCUCUCAGGGGGCUGAGUGUCUUCCCCCACCUCCAGUGACAUGGAGCCAUGUGUCUGGGUUGCAACCCACUCUGAUUGGCAUCCUGAAAGGCUGUGUGAGAAAGCUGGAUGAUCAAAGUCAAAGGUCAAGCACCCUAAGCCUACUGCCAUCAUAUCUGAUCUAUAUGGGAACAUAUUACUAUCAGCUCAGUUUGCAGAGUUCGUUUCAGCCGGUGCAAUGCCUUCAGGAACUAGAGGCCCUGACUACAGAGGUGCUCCUUCCUCUCAUAUCCAAUCAAGUCUUUCGCAGUAUGAUGGACAGCCUCAGGUUACACUCAAUUAUAUGUAAGCCUGGUUUGAGCACUUCCCUUCAGGAUGUUGUUCUCAGUCUUCCAGGCCUGGGCAGCUCCAGAGCUAAGAAUAUGAGCCUGCUAGGACCUGAAUCUCCUCUCCCUCUCUGUACUGCUUUCUUCUAUCUACUGGACAUUAUCUUGACCAUUCACCGUGGCUUAACAAAGAGUUUCUCCGCUCUCAUUCUUUCGGACUCCGUGCUGGCUUACCUGCAGGCUUGUGUUGGAGCGACGCCUUCAGUGUCUCAUGCCAGUGCUUGGAUUUUACGCCAUGAGCACCACUUUGUCUAUCUGAUACUCAGGCUGGCUCACAGACAGGGUUCCUUUGACCCAAAGGUAAAGAUGCAUGCAUCUCUGUUACACCAAGUCGCUUUGGCUUUGCUCUCCUGGCUGUUACCCGGAAGCGAAUAUCUGGCACAUGAGCUUGUGUCUACUAUGAUCUUCAACCAGGACCUCUUUCUUGAAGCGGGAAGUGGAGGUCCAGAAGCGGUGUCCCUGGCAGAGCUGCAGCUUCAGGAGAUGUCCAGUCAUUCACCCAGCCUCGGCCCCCUCCUCCGGGACUCUUUUGCUCAGCUUCCCUCAAUCCGUGCCUGCUACCUCACUCACCUUGCCUACCUGGAGCCUGCUGUGAUCACGUCCCGUGAGCGGCACCUUGGUCGGAACCCCUGGAUUUCUUCUCAGCUCCUCCCUGAGCUCUCAGGCCCUUCGCUGCCUUCUGAUUGGGCUUUUCUGCCUCUCAUCAGCCUGUAUGAUCGAAUAGGAGUGUCUCAGGGUGGUGGGCUGCAGGCCGAAUCGCUACCUGCUGGCUCUGUGCGGUCAAUUACACAUUGCCUGCAGUGGCUUCUUGUGCUCGAGAGCUUCAGGGAGCAGGCGCUGAAGCUGGUGCCACCUGUGGCCAAACUGGCACGUCUGGUCUGUGUCUUCCUGUGUUCAAGUGAUAUCUUUUUGGAGAGACCAGUGAAGGAGAUGACAUGGGCGCUGCUGCGUAGGCUGACGAGACCAGGACAAUUAGAAGCUCUGGAUCUGAGUGUACCGCCUCCAGGAUUAGCCUCCUUUCAUGAUCUCUACUCUGCUCUGCUGGCUCAGUACGAGGCCGUGUCCUUUGGCGACCCACUUUUUGGCUGCUUCAUACUGUUGCCACUGCAGAGGCGCUACAGUGUGUUGAUGAGAUUAGCUGUGUUCAGCGAGCAUGUCUCAUCUCUGCGCUCACUUGGGGUCUCGCUGGAGCAGCUACCCAUUGCACUAGAGCAGUUUACUUCCCCUGCUGAGGACUCACUGCCUUUGCUGCGACUGUAUUUCCGAGCUCUGGUGACCGGAGCCCUGAGAAGGAACUGGUGCCCUGUGCUAUAUGCUGUAGCUGUUGCCCAUCUCAAUGCCUUUAUUUUCUCCCAAGAUGCUGUGCCACAGGAGGUGGAGACUACUCGUAGGAGUCUGCUAAGGAAGACAUACUACCUGACAGAUGAGGUGUUAAGGAGCCACCUGCUGCUUUUCUGUCUACCCCAGCAGCACAGUGAACUGGGCUUCAGCACUUACGAGCAGCUGCCGCCUAUUCGUGCCUGCAGGCUUCAGAGUGUAAUAGAAACCAAGGCAGAAAAUGACUGAGACAAAUAAGCCAGCACAGGAUAGGUUCAGUGGAGCAAAUCCACAGCCUUCAAGAUGACAAAAUGAGUCUGAAUUCUGUUCUGAACAAAUAUUUUGCAAGUUCAAAGUAGCAAUUUACCCGCAUCUCAGAUUUGUUUUUUAAAAUUAGAACUUAAAGGCUGGUUGUCCCUGCUAAUAAGUUGUAUUACCAAUUCGCUAAAAGUUUUAGACUGAAAUUGAUAUUGAAGGGCAAUGCUGAAGUGAAGCAGGAAAUGAAGAAUAUCCUGGUGCAGACAAAUGGUUUUGAUUAAAGGCGGAGUAGAAGAUUUAUCUAAUAUUGCUCUAAUGCCAAAAUCCAUUGGAGAGCAUGUUUUUCUCUUCCCAAUACCCAAUACUCCCCAUAAGCCAAACACCACAAAGACUUGAUUCAAUUUGCUACGCUAAAAGUGGAAAACUAGAACAUUGCCUGUGAAAAACAUAUUUGGAAAAAUACCCACAGGCCAUUACAAAACAAGGUCAUAGCUUGUUCGUGUAAAGCUAUUCUGAUCAUGUUAAAAUGUGUGGGUUUUUUUUUUUUGUUCAGUUGUCCACAUUAUGGCUUAGUUUCCAUUGAUUUAUACAAUCAUCAUACUAUGUGUUUUUAGAUGUCUCUCUAACAUCUUAACCAAACAGUAACCAAAAACAUUUAUGUGAUCUUUCUGUUUUAAACUUUAAUUAUGCCAUAAAUUAGACCACUGAGCAUUUCCUUUACUGCUGUUUGACCCUGAAUUCGAAGCUUUGGGAGUAUUGAUGAUGUAGAUAUGACUCAUUGUCCAGCAACUAUUUUGUCGUUCUGAACCAUGUUAAUGGUUUCUUUUGCAUUUUCUAUCUGCCGUGUCUUUAUAUAAAAAGAAGUGAAUCAUAA